AUGCUUCUUAUCGAGCUUUUAGUCCCUCACCACGACAGUCUCAACUACCAUGUUAGACAAAUUUCAGGAAAUAAUGUUACGAAGAGCCUGUCAUUCAGAAUAUUCGUACAGCUACAAGAAUUGUGCUUACUGUACUUUUUGAUACAUUCCGUGGAUGAAAUGCUUCUUAUCGAGCUUUUAGGAAUGUUAUUCCUCCUUCUGGGGUUACUAACCUCGGAGAAUAUCUUGGAUUUUUUGCCACUCCUAAGAAGAAUAAGCUUAGCUCGAAACAGCUUACGAGUGGUUCCUUCUUUAGCAGCACAGCCAUCACGUUUAGUUUCACUAGACCUUCGACACAAUGAGAUCUCUACAAUAGACGUUCAGGCUUUUUCCUACUUACCAAAUUUGAUUCAACUGGACCUGGCACAUAAUAAGCUGCAAAGUCUUCCACAAAUGGUUUUUACUAAGAAUUCAAGAAUAGCCACAUUAAAAUUGCAUAGGAAUCCGUGGAACUGUGAUUGCAGGAUUGUCGGCCUGACCAAUUUUGCACUGGGAAAAUCAAAACCUAUUGAGGAUGCAAAAUGCUUCAAUCCGCCAAGGCUACGUGGCAAAUCUCUUCAUCAGGUUUCUGGCAGUGAUGUCUCAUGCGUUGAGCCUACCAUAAUCGAAAACAAGUACAAUAAUGUGUUGAAUUGUCCAGCUCCCGGUGGAGGAGAAGUGCAUUGGCUUUAUAACAAUGUCGACCUAGACUUCUCAUCUGCUGAGUCAUAUCAGCUGAAGGAAAAUGGAUCCUUGGUAAUCCCAAAGGAAUCGUCUGCUCAUGGAUUUACCUGCACUGCCGAUUACGGUAUCAUUCCGCAUAGGAGCCUACGGCAGACUCAGCGAUUCUUACCAGGACAGAGUCCGCAAUUCACAUUUAAGCCAAAGGACAGCUCUUAUAGGGAAGGAACCGCUGUACAGUUAAAUUGCGAAGUGAUUGGUGAACCGAGACCAACUGUCACUUGGUUCUACAAAAGACAGCCAAUCGUAAACUCGAGAAAGUACACGUUGACAAAUGCAAAUUCAAUAUUGAAGAUUUAUCCCUUUUUGGAAUCGGAUGUUGGAAGUUACACCUGUAUCGCAGCGAAUGUGCAUGGGCAAAUACAACAUACUGCUAGGUUACAAUUGGUUAGCAGUGUCCCUCCAAAUAUUUACGAUGGUCCAUCGCCACGAACAGUCCGGUUAGGGCAACAGGUCACUUUUGCCUGUCGAGCUCGGGGUGUUCCAAGACCAUCGAUCUCAUGGUUCUUCGAAGGUUCGGUCAUACCCCAUAUUAAAGGACGGUUUAUGGUUUCAGAUGACCAAAGUGAGUUGACCAUCACGAGAGUGACCCGACAAGAUGAAGGAGUUUACUCAUGUAUGGCAGGCAAUAGUGUUGGUGCUAUGAUGGCUGACGCAAAACUUACCGUCGAAGGUGACUUCGGUCGCACUGUGGACACGUUUAUUGACGACUCGGUGUUGAGAAACAUUGCUGGGCAAGCCAGGGAAAAUGUCAAUAGGGCGAUAAACCAUACUCGUACCGUACUCACAAAAGAAAUGUCAGAUCCUGAGGAUCUUAAAAAUAUGUUCCGUUUCUCUAUUCCUGCACAGGCUGUAGAACUAAGCAAAGCCCGCGAUAUCUACGAAGAAAGCAUUCGAUUAGUUCAAGAGCACAUACGUAAAGGACUCCGUCUUCCUGUGGAUAAACUCACACCGGAUGCGAAUGUGUCCUACGAGGCAGUGCUGGCCCCCUCACACGUACAAACCCUCAUGGAACUUUCCGGCUGCCAAUCGGGGCAGUUCAAAUCUUCCUGUACGGAUAUGUGCUUCCAUAGUAAAUACAGGUCCUAUGACGGUCAGUGCAACAACUUCGAUCACCCCAUGUGGGGCGUGUCCCAAAUGCCCCUGAUUCGACUUUUGCCUCCCAUCUACGAAAACGGCUUCAGCACCCCAGUAGGAUGGGAGAAAGGCCGUCUUUACAAUGGGUAUCCCAAGCCGAAUCCCAGAGAUGUAUCGCGCGCUGUUGUAUCCACAGCUACCGUAACCCCGCAUUCCUUCUUGACGGCUAUGGUUAUGCAAUGGGGACAGUUUAUAGAUCAUGAUAUCACCCACACACCACCAGCCGUGUCACGCCAAAGCUAUGCUUCUGGUGCAGUUUGCAAUAGAACUUGCGAUAAUCUCGAUCCGUGUUUCAAUAUCCCACUUACAUCGAGUGAUCCCAAGCUGCAUACUGGACGACACGUCAGAUAUCCCUGCAUUGAAUUUGAACGAAGCGGUGCAAUUUGUGGGAGUGGAGAAACAUCACUGAUCUUCCAGCGAGUGACUUACAGGGAUCAGAUGAAUGUGAUCACGUCUUACCUGGAUGGCUCAGCGAUCUAUGGCAGUACCGAGGUUCAGGCGCUAGAGCUGAGAGACCUUUUUGGCGAUCAUGGUCAACUCCGUUUUGACAUAGUCUCAACUGGCCAGAAGCCCUAUUUACCAUUCGAGAGAGACUCGGACAUGGACUGUAAGCGAAAUUUCUCGCAAGAGAAUCCGAUUCGUUGCUUCUUGGCUGGAGAUUUGAGAGCUAACGAGCAGCUAGGGUUGAUCUCAAUGCACACGCUAUUCCUUCGUGAACACAAUCGAAUAGCUGCGAAAUUGCUGGAAAUCAAUGUGAACUGGGAUGGAGAGACGAUUUAUCAAGAGGCCAGGAAGAUUGUUGGCGCCGUAAUGCAGCACAUAACUUAUACAGAGUGGCUGCCGAUAAUUCUAGGAAGGACUGGCUUUAAUGAACUUGUUGGAGACUACAAUGGCUAUGAUUCCAAUGUAAACCCUUCAAUAGCAAAUGCUUUCGCCACUGCUGCCUUUAGGUUUGGCCAUACAAUAGUCAAUCCUACACUAUUUCGACUAGGCAAUGAUUUCCAACCAAUCAGAGAAGGUCAUAUACCGCUCAAUAAGGCAUUCUUUGCCCCAGAGCGGUUACUUUCUGAAGGUGGCAUUGACCCCUUGCUCAGAGGCCUUUUCGCCUCACCACUCAAGCUGCCCAGAUCGGAUCAGCUACUCAAUAUGGAACUUACGGAAAAGCUUUUUGGACGGUUCCAUGAGGUCGCUCAAGAUCUCGCAGGCCUGAAUAUCCAGCGAGGACGAGAUCAUGGUCUACCAGGAUAUACCGAAUAUCGUCGAUUCUGCAAUUUGUCAGUACCAGAAACUUGGGACGAGCUGGCUGCAGAUAUCCAAGAUAACACUGUUCGAAACCGGCUCAGACAGUUAUAUGGUCAUCCAGCAAAUAUCGACCUAUGGGUUGGUGGAAUUGCUGAGAAACGAUUACCGGAUGCGCUAUUUGGUCCUACAUUCGCAUGUAUCAUAGGAGAUCAGUUCAGGCGAUUGCGAGAUGGAGAUCGCUUUUGGUACGAAAAUGACGGCGUUUUCACGAAGCUACAACUACAACAAAUCAAAAAAGCUUCGCUAGCUCGAUUGCUUUGCGAUAAUGGUGAUAACAUCGAUCGAGUACAGCCUAAUGUCUUCUUCUAUCCGGGUAACUCGACGAAGUUCUACGGAAAAUGCGAGAACAUUCCGGAAAUCAAUUUGAAUAUGUGGAUGAACUGUUGCGAUUCAUCAUGUGCUACAUUGCCACCACCGAGGGUGCAUGUUCGGGUCUCCACUUUUUGUUUAUUGCUUGUAAUGGAUGGCAAUUUGCAGGACGCGGAGAAUAAAGGGUUGCAGGAUAUUCUUAUUCAAAAAAGGGCAAGUUACAAAGCUACAAAGACGAUGCUAAUGCAGUAA